UCCGGGGAGAGCGGACACAGUGAAUGCGGGGUCCGGGGAGAGCGGACACAGGGAAUGCGGGGUCCGGGGGGAGAGGGGAUACAGUGAAUGCGGGGUCCGGGGAGAGCGGAUAUAGUGAAUGCGGGGUCCGGGGGAGAGCGGAUAUAGUGAAUGCGGGGUCCGGGGAGAGCGGACACAGGGAAUGCGGGGUCCGGGGAGAGCGGACACAGUGAAUGCGGGGUCCGGGGAGAGCGGACGUAGGGAAUGCGGGGUCGGGGGGGAGAGCGGACGUAGGGAAUGCGGGGUCCGGGGAGAGCGGACGUAGGGAAUGCGGGGUCCGGGGAGAGCGGACGUAGUGAAUGCGGGGUCCGGGGAGAGCGGGUAUAGGGAAUGCGGGGUCUGCGGCACUGAAGAUAUAACGAUGAGAUCUCAUGCAGCAAUACAUAUGGAGACAGCG